AUGGCGGAGAGAAGGUCCAAACAUAGCUCCACGCACUCGAGGCGAAAACAGCGAAAAUCGUGCAAAAUACCUGUGAAUUUCUGGAGAGCAGUAAUAGCAGAAUGUCUGUGUACUUUCUUUUUUAUGAUUAUUGUGUGCGCCGCGCAUUUGGAAUGGAAUGGUCGACGUCCCAGUGUGGUGGAAAUCGCGUUGACGUUGGGUUUAGCUGUCAUGGUAUUGGUGCAAUGUUUUGAACAUAUCAGUGGAGCCAAUAUGAACCCAGCAAUAACAAUAGCCAUGUUGCUAGGCAGGAAAAUCGGCAUUAUUCGAGCUUUUCUGUACAUGGCUGCUCAGUGUUUAGGAGCAAUAACAGGAACAGCUGUUAUGACUGGAUUCGCACCAGAGGAAAUACGUGGCAGUCUUGGGAUGUCUGUUUUAUCUGAUUUGAUUUCAACAUUGGGUGGGUUUGGAGUUGAGUUUCUCAUCACUUUCAUUUUAGCCUUCACGGUGAUGGCUUCCAAUGACCCUAAUAGGAAAAUACUGGGAACAUCAUCACUUCCUGUUGGUGCAGCUUUUGCUCUUAAUACUCUUUGGGCGUAUAAUUUCACCGGUGCCAGUAUGAAUCCGGCCAGAACACUGGGGCCGUUUCUUGUACUCAGCACGUGGACCAAUCACUGGGAUGGAGUCGACAGAGAUGGUUUCAUCGAUGGGCUGCUCGAAGUCCAUUCCUUCAGUGUUGAGAUUGUUCGACGAUUUACCAUCAUUAAUGCGUUCUCUGCUGAACUUAUGCCGAAAGCAUUGCAUUUCGUUCAACGUAUGGAUGGAGUGAAAUAUAUUGAACAGAAUGGUUUGGUGUUCGCCGAUCAGAGUAUUGCCAGCUGGGGACUGGACCGCGUUGACCAGAGGUACCUCCCACUCGACGAUGUCUUCGUACCCGAAGGCGAUGGUGCUGGGGUCAAUGUAUAUGUCUUGGAUACUGGUAUUCGGUUCGACCACGUAGACUUUGGUGGCCGGGCUGCUCCCUUUUACGAUGCCAUUGGUAACCCACCAGAGGAUGGCGACUGCAAUGGACAUGGAACUCACUGCGCAGGUACAGUUGGUGGUGAGGCUCACGGCAUCGCAAAGAAGGUAAACCUUUGGAGCGUGCGGGUUCUGAGAUGCACUGGGUCUGGUCCAAGGGACGCUAUCAUCGAAGGGUUGGAAUACGUGCGUGAAAACGGCACACUUCCCGGCGGUAUUUCUAUGUCAAUCGGCGGAUCCGCGUCAGAGGCUUACAACGACGUUGUCAAUUCCGUAGUGUUGGCUGGUUUCUUUGUUUCCGUGUCUGCUGGUAACGAUGGUCGUGAACAUGGCGAUGCUUGUCUGAAAUCCCCUGCAAGUGCUGAGCUGGCGAUUGCUUGCGGUGCCACUGACAGUAACGACGUUCGAGCGGAAUAUUCAAACUGGGGUGUAUGCAUGAACAUCUUUGCUCCUGGUGACCAGAUCACAAGCUGUACCGAUGACAGUCCCAUAUCCACUGGUGUCAAGAGUGGUACUUCAAUGGCAUGUCCCCACGUGGCUGGUGUGUGCGCAGUGAUUGUUGGCAAUGAUCCCACAUUAACACCUAGCGAAGUCUGGAAGAAGAUCCAAGAAGAUGCAACACAAGGAAUUGUUGGAGACGCCAAAGAAGAGGAUGGAACGCCAAACCUUCUUGUGUAUAACAGUUUGAAUUAUUCACCUCAGUGAAGAGCCAAUCAGAAGACGCGUCUCUACGCAUAUCAAAUUAAUUAAACACAUUGAGUGUAAUUAACUCAACUUGUAUCAGAUUUUACCUCGUUUCUAUUUGUAAUAGAUCAAUACGAACUAAUAAAGCUGCGAUC